CCGGGGAGAGGGGACGUUGCUGAGGAAAGAGACAUGCCCUGCCAAAUUUUGUACAGCGCCUGGCGCUCCGCAUUGAUAUACACGUGAAGCAAAUGCAGUGGCAGGGAUAUGUGUGUGUAAUGAGCAGCGGAGCCGGUAGCAACGGUGAAUAGGAACGUUUCAUCUGGGAAGAUAUUUCAGUAAAAUCAUGGCGGCACAGUGUGUAACAAAGGUGGAACUAACAGUUUCCUGUGAUAAUCUCCUGGAUAAAGAUGUUGGCUCCAAGUCUGACCCACUGUGUGUGUUACUUCAGCACACAAGUGGACAGCAGUGGUAUGAGGUUGAUCGAACAGAAAGGAUUAAGAACUGUUUGAACCCCAAGUUUGCCAAGAAAUUUCUAAUUGAUUAUUAUUUUGAGCUGGUCCAGAAACUCAAAUUUGGGGUUUUUGAUAUUGACAAUGCAACUGUUGAACUGAAUGAUGACGACUUCUUAGGAGAAUUUGAAUGCACCCUGGGACAGAUUGUUUCCAGUAAGACGCUCACCAGACCGCUUAUAUGGAAAAAUGGCAAACCUGCAGGAAAAGGAAAAAUUACAGUUACAGCUGAAGAAGUGAAAGAUAAUAGAGUCGUCAUUUUUGAAGUUGAAGCAAGGAAACUGGACAACAAGGACUUUUUUGGUAAAUCUGACCCUUACCUGGAGUUCCACAAGCAGACCUCUGACGGAAGCUGGUUGAUGGUGCACAGAACAGAAGUUAUUAAAAAUAACUUGAAUCCUGUCUGGAGGCCAUUUAAAAUCUCUCUCAACUCUUUGUGUUAUGGUGAUAUGGACAAAACAAUCAAGGUUGAGUGCUAUGAUUAUGAUGGUGAUGGUUCACAUGACCUGAUAGGCACCUUUCAAACCACAAUGUCAAAACUGAAGGAAGCAUCUCGACAGUCACCAGUUGAAUUUGAAUGCAUCAAUCAAAAGAAGAGACAAAAGAAGAAAAGUUACAAAAAUUCAGGAAUUGUGAGCAUUAAACACUGUGAGAUUAUCGUGGAAUGUACUUUCCUGGACUACAUCAUGGGAGGGUGCCAGCUGAAUUUUACUGUUGGCAUUGACUUUACUGGCUCUAAUGGAGAUCCUCGUUCUCCAGACUCCCUACAUUAUAUCAGCCCUAAUGGAGUGAAUGAAUAUCUGACUGCAGUUUGGUCUGUGGGAAUGGUUAUUCAGGAUUAUGAUGCAGAUAAAAUGUUCCCUGCUCUUGGGUUUGGUGCUCAGAUCCCCCCCUCGUGGCAGGUGUCACAUGAGUUUCCAUUAAACUUUAAUCCAUCAAACCCAUUUUGCAGUGGAAUCCAAGGUAUUGUGGAUGCCUACCGGGCCUGCCUCCCUCAAGUGAGGCUGUAUGGGCCAACCAACUUUUCUCCAAUAAUAAAUCACGUGGCUCAGUUUGCUGCUGCAGCUGCGCAACAAAAAACAGCCUCUCAAUAUUUUGUGCUCCUCAUCAUCACCGAUGGUGUGAUCACUGACCUUGAUGAGACCAGAGCUGCCAUUGUUAAUGCAGCCAAGCUCCCCAUGUCCAUUAUAAUUGUUGGGGUUGGAGGGGCUGAUUUCAGUGCCAUGGAGUUUCUUGACAGCGAUUGUGGUGCUCUGAGAUCUCGCUCAGGAGAGGCUGCUAUAAGAGACAUCGUCCAGUUUGUGCCAUUUAGACAGUUCCACAAUGCCCCCAAAGAAGCUCUUGCUCAAAGCGUCCUGGCAGAAGUGCCUCAGCAAGUGGUGAGCUACUUCAGCUUGUACAAGCUCCAGCCUCCAAACAAUCCUGCUGCAAAGCAAAUCGGGAGCUGAGUAGGAGAUACAAGGAUCGGCGAGGGGAUCCCUAUGCCCCAUGUCUCUGCAAUGUCAAAAGACUGUGGCAGAUGAGAAUUUCACACAUUGCAUAUAUAUGCAUUGCAGCUAUGCAGUGCAUAUAUAUGCAAACAUAUUCUGCAUUGCCAAAGAUGCCAUUAUGUUUAUCAAUCCACUCUUGGGCACAUUUUGAAAAAAUAUUUCUAACAUAUGAGAGACAUGAACAUUACACAUCUGUAGGAGGAGCAGAGCACCUGCUUUCUUUCAUACUCUCUAUUUUUUUGCUCCUUCACAUGGUGCACAGGACAAAGCACAGUGACUUGCUAGUAGUAAUUAAACAGAGCUUUGCACAGGCUUUAGUGUGGCUUCAAGAAGCUUAUGCCGAAGCCAUUUUAACCUGUAACCUUGGCUGUUCAAAGCUUAGCAUUGAUUGUAUAACAUGUUCAGCUGCUUCUUCAGGAGAAGGUAUAAAGCUCUGAAAUCUUUCUUCAUUCUGUCCUAAUGACCGAUAUAUGGUUCUUCUGAAUUAUUUCUAAACAUAGCACCUUGGUCAAGUAAUCAACAGUUGACAAAUGAGUAUAAUUUGGAGUCUGGAGUUGAAGUAUAUUCAAAAAUCCAGAUAGAUCUUAUAUUUAAAUAUUAAAAAAAAUGCAUGUCUCUUGUAACUUUGCCCCAGGUGAUACCUUUCCACUCUGUAUAGAAGAUAUAAAGAAUCUAAUUGUGCAAAAUUAUAGCCUGUGACUUGUGGACCAUGAAGCACAACAAAGAAGCUCACAUCCCCCUCCCCCACCCCUGUAUAUGUUUCUAUUUUGUGCCUGUAUAUAGGAAUAGGUCUACGUGCUACUGAAACUGUACUGUUUGCACACAUCUAAAAAAAAUUAUACUGUCCUGGUUCAGUAGUUCUACAAUGCCUCAGCCAUUUUUGUUCAGUUGUGCAUAAUUAUGUUGAGCUGUAUUACAACAGCCAGGCCAAAAUGGCUGGAAUUCUUUUCUUCUUUCUUUCAGGACAGCUACUUGUCUAAUUCUUUGGUUUGUUUUUUGACAGUCACUUUUCCUUAUGUCUCCUUUUGCUUCUUUGUUGAGUGCAAGGGAGCUUUAACCUACCUUCUGCAUUUCUUCAUCUCAUAUGCACAUAUAUAGGUAGCUCAUGUGAAGAUUUUUUUUUUAAACACCCUGUAGGAUCCCAAUAAGUUUUCUGCUAAUAGAAAGCACUUCCAUCAGUCAAAUGGAACUUCCCUCCCUCCCUCCUUCCACUGUAGCCUACUGAUCUCCCUGAAGUGCUGCUCCUGAAGGACAGCAUGAAGGGGAAAUGUGGGGACCGAGGGGGGGGGGGGGAGUCUGCAGUGGAAAGGGGAAAAUUGGCAACCCCCUCCUUCCCAGACAGUUUAGUCUGGAUCCAGCCCAUCUUGUAUUUUGUCAAAACUAUGUCAUAAAGCUAAAUUGUACAUAAAUGUUUUUAUGUCUAUUCUGAUGCUGUAAGUAGAAAUUGAUUGGAUGAAAUUAAACCUGUCUGUAAACUGUGUCAUACUAUAAACCAUUGUGGGCUUGAUAGCUGUAUUGGGAGCAGGAUCUAGGAUACAUGAAUUUGUAUUCUUCUGAGACUGGAACUACUUGCUUUAACAUAUUAUCAUGCUCCUCAGUAUGUUGGGUUAUUUGUAGAUAAAAGCUCAGGACGUAUGCACAUGUGUACAAAUAUCCAUUAUUGAUCUGACUCAAGAUAAUAUUCCCAUACAGCAUAUUUUACAUUGAAGCAUAUAUUUGUUAGGUUUGGAACUUCAGUUUCUGCUAUUUAGAUUUUGCUGACUUUCGGGUAGUUUUUUAUUUAGAUCACUUUUCUCAAUAAAUAGCAAAGCAAACCUGGGCCCUUAGAAUGUGGAAGUAUUUUGUAAAGCCAAAUUGUCAUUAUUACUUACUGGAUUGUGACGCUUUCAGCAUUUAUUAUCUUUGAAAUCCAAGUAUGUCAGAAGCAAGAGCUGGAAAAUACAGUGUUCUCUGUGGUAUGAUUCACAUGCAACAACAAACUGGAGUUCAUCAUUAUAGCCCCUCCCAUUGUACUUGGCUCAGAAAUUAUUUCCAGUUUUGUGGCAAAGAGUAAAUUUUUGAUACACUUGUAACCAUUCCAUUAAAACCAGGAUUGACUGUGGUUUGGACAGAAGAGAACAAACUUCUUCUCAUGUCUGCAUCUCAAACUAUGGCUGCCUGUGAAAGUAGAAAUGAUUCAUUGCCAAGCUGCAUGUGAGGAAAAGAGGCAGGAAAGGGAGCCCAGUGUUUUCCCAGUCUUGUUACCAUUUUUUAAAAAGAUUCCCAUUAAAACUGAACCAUGUCUGGCUUUAUGCAACAAAAGUUCAGCAAACGCUGCCAGAUCUGCAGUGAGACUGCAAGCCAUUCUCCUGCCCUCUAUUUGCACUAUUAUCAAUCUGUCACAUAUUUGCUUUCAAACAUAAUGAAAAAGGGGAGAGAGAUCCCGAUAUGAAUCCCUCCAGUCAGUAUCAUAUGUGCUAUAUCUUUCUCUUCACAAAAAGAACCAUCCUAUAGUUGUAGCAUGGCUUGGAUCAUGCAGAGUUUAUAAUUGAUUUCUAAGUGUAUUUGGGGUGGGGGCUCUUGUAAAUAAUAAAAAGAUGUCAUCUAGAACAGUAUACUAAGGAACAGUAUCAAAGUUUGUAUUUCCCUCAUUCUCCACAGUAUUAAAUUCUUGAUGAUGCAUUAGCACCACCUUGUGGUAGAAUGGAAUUACUGGCAUUUUUUACUAAAAGAAUGGCCUUUUUCUGUUUAAUAUUUUCUAGUAAAAUACAGCUUUUUAUGAGGAAAAAAAUCAUAUGGUGUGGUAUUUGUAUGUUUUAUACUAUUUCAUAUGUUAACCUCUUUAUAUUCAACGUUAACUUCAGUUGAGACUGCUUCUGGUGCCAUAUUAAACUUACAACUCUGUAUCCUA